CCUCCUUCUCUGUCACUAUCUGUGUAUUUUAGCAGAAGCUCGGCCAGAGUCCAUUCACUGCUUGCUGUUUACCAGAGCAUGAACAUGGCCGCUAACCGGGUGAUCGUCUAUGGAGGAAGAGGCGCCCUGGGCUCAAAGUGUGUCCAGCAUUUCAAAUCUAAAGGAUGGUGGGUUGCUAGCAUCGACAUGGCUGCAAACGAGGAGGCAAACGAAAAUGUUCUCGUGAAACAGAGUGAAUCUUUCGCCGAGCAGGCAGCACAGGUGACGACAGAUGUCGCGCAGUUACUCGGGGAUCAGAAAGUGGAUGCCAUUUUGUGUGUGGCAGGUGGAUGGGCAGGAGGAAGCUGUAGUUCCAAAGAUUUGUACAAGAAUGCAGAUCUGAUGUGGAAACAGAGUGUAUGGACCUCUACUAUCUCCAGCCACCUCGCCGCUCUGCAUUUAAAGCAGGGCGGGCUGCUGACUUUGGCCGGCGCCAAAGCAGCCCUGUCAGGCACUGGAGGAAUGGUAGGCUAUGGCAUGGCCAAAGCUGCCGUCCACCAGCUGUGUCAGAGUCUUGCAGCAAAAAACAGCGGGAUGCCUUCAGAAGCUGCUGCUUUGGCUAUACUACCGGUUACCUUGGAUACGCCAAUGAACAGGAAGUUCAUGCCUAAAGCAGAUUUCAGUUCCUGGACGCCGCUGGAGUACAUCGCUGAAAUGUUCUUCAGCUGGGCCACAGGGGUGAACCGGCCGGCUUCGGGAAGCCUGGUACAGCUCCUGACCUCGGCAGGCGAAACCCAGGCUGUGACUGUGCAGUAGAGGACUGAGUAGAGCUGUGUGGAGACGGCGGUGGGGGUUGGGAGGAAAGCAGGAGAAACAGAGGAAGGGAGAGAUGAAGAGAUGGAGAAGGACAGAGAUGCAGACCGGUAGAGAGGAGGAGGAGGAGAGAUGGAGGCUGUAGAGGUGAAGAAGAGAGAUGGUGACAGAGGGGGGUGGUGAGGAGAAGGGUGGAUGGGUUUGUUUUGGGGGUGGUGAGGAAAAGGAGCAGAGGGAGGAGGGGAGCUUUCAUUGCAAAUGCAGCCUCACAGCGCCAUCUAGCUGUAAAUUCAUACAAUCAUCCCACUGUAAGAGUCAAUCGGGUUGAGUUAAAUCUCCAGUAACAGUAAAACACUAGUGACACACUCAGAAGUGCACACUCCAGUCCUGCACAACAAUUUUUAAGGACUUCUGACGAAAAAGAUCGGUGAAGUAUGUCAGAUGAGAAAUGUUUCACUUUAAAGUGUGCGUGUGGUUCACUUUUAGUCUGAACUGUGGGGACAAAAGAUGCAUAUAUGUCAUACCAUACCACUGUAAUUCUGUGUCAUAGAAGUGUUAUUACAAUAAUCAUAUUGUAGAAAUAUGCUGAAAAUGAUUGAGCUGUCUUAGUUUUAUUUCUCUCUUAGAAGGAUGUCCAAAAUAUAUGUCAGCACAUACGUAUUAAACAUCUGUGAAAUUCAACGCACGACUGUGUCGGUCCAGUGUUACAUGUGAGAGCUACAGACCUUUCAGUUUCCCUGAAGGUCCUCUGCCACUGAAGGACCUCAAAGUCGAAGAAAGCCGCUGUCUUCUUUCAAACGGACAAUAGAUUUUAAAGUGGAGUGGCCUUAUUUUAUGUUUGUAGCUAUCACGUCAAAGUGUCCUUGGUGUCUGCGCUAUGAAAAAGGUGCUUCAUUCCUGUUGUGGGUUUUGUAAGUCCUGUACUGCAACUGUGUCAUAUUCACAAUAAAAUGAGUCAAA